AUGAAGUACCAGACUAUCGCUUUCGCCACUUCGACCCUCGUCGGUCUCGUGGCGGCCAGUCCCUACCACCGUCACCACCAUGUGAGACGUGUCAGCAAGCGUGAGGUUCCCCAGGAGCACUCUCACGAGAUCUUCCUCAACAUUACCCGCGAGUUCCUGAACAAGGAGAACCCCAAAGCCAUUGCCGACCCCGUCUUUGGCCUCCUCGGAGACGCAGCCGCCAAGACUGGCGCCGGACAGGUCACCAACUUGGCUUGCCUGCAGCAGGAGACUGCCGACCAGGCUUUCACCAACGCUAAGGCCGCCAAGGAUAUCCGCGGCAUGUCUGCUGCUCUCGUCUACCAGACUCUUGAGCGCAACACCGCGGGCGUUGGUGUGAACAGCGCGGCUUGCACCGACAAGCCUGUCAACGCUGAGAUCGCCGCCCUCUCCAAGAAGCACCAGGACCCCGCAGCCGAUGGCGCUGCAGCCAACAACAAGGAGGUUGCUCUCGCGCUAGCCAAGCAGUUGGCCGCAGUCGGCGGUGAUCCCAUGCUGGCUCUCGAGAGCGGCACCUUCGCUCCUGGUGACAAGUCCGACACUACCUUCAAGGGUCUCAGCUGCGACACUGACACCGACCCUACCGGAUGCAUCUUCACUGAGAAGAAGCUUGUCCUUGAUGCGACUCCCGACGAGAUCACCGCCGCUGCUAAGGGUGUCACUCAGACCGUCACCGGCGGCACUGGUGAGCUGAAGGCAACUCACAUCGACAUCACUGGCCUCGCCGUUGCCGGCCAGGCCGGAGCUGCUAAGGGAGGACAGACUUCAAGCACUCCUGCCAAGGCUAAGAAUAGUGCCACGCCUUCCAGCGGCAACACAAACUCCAACUCUAACACCAACACCAACACCAACACCAACGCCAACGACGCUUCUUGCGAUGCGUCCAGCUCUAACAACGGCGCAGCCCAGACCAAGGCCAACAACGGCACUGCUGGCGGAAACAACGGAAACAACUCGAACAACAACGGCAACGCUAACAGCGGCAAUGCCAACACUGGCAACGGCAACAACGUUCAGACUUUCACCGGUUCUCUCGGUGGCGCCCCUCCCCCGGUCAUCCAGAGCUCCGGCAACCGCCCGUUCUCCGUCAACGGUGACACCUUCGUCGGAAAGGGCGCCGCCCUCGGCCGAUCCUGCGACGUUCAGCACAACGCCUGCGCCCGCGCCGUCAACAGUGGACAGCUCGACGGCGAGGUCUCCCAGUGCGACGAGCAGAACACUCAGUGCCGCGCCCAAGCCAACCUCCGCAAGCGCUUCUUCAAGCGCCAGGCCACCGACUUCGGUUCCUGCAGCGACCCUUCCGUCGUCUUCAAGGACGGCUUGCCCGAUCGCCAGGCCGCGGCUUUCAUCGCAAACAACCAGGGCGACUUCAACCACGGCUCUGCGCAGAAGAUUGGUAUCAUUGCUGGCUUCAUCUGCCAGCGCCUUUCUGACAGCUGCAAGGCGCCUGCUGCUACCGUUGAGAGCUGCAACAAGGCUCAAACUGCGGCUGUUGCUGCUACUCAGGAUGAGACUGCUGCGAAUGUGUUCAACAGCAUGCUUAUUGGCGGCUCGGCUAGUGGCAACGUCACCGCUCGUGGUGAGCUCAGACUUCACUGA